AAACCUUCAGUCAGGCAUCGAUAUAUUGGUUUAGGUUUUAGGGUUUCUUCGCUUGUUGUGGUGAACCAGUUGUAGCUGCCGCUGUCACUUCCCCGCUCCCAUCUCACCGAAGCUCUCCCAUCGACGACAAUGGUUGCCGCCAAGAAGACCAAGAAGACUCAUGAGAGCAUUAACAACAGAUUGGCUCUCGUUAUGAAGAGUGGGAAAUACACUUUGGGUUACAAAACUGUUCUCAAGUCUCUUAGAAGCUCCAAAGGUAAGUUGAUUAUCAUUGCCAACAACUGCCCUCCUCUUAGGAAGUCGGAGAUUGAGUAUUAUGCCAUGUUGUGCAAGGUUGGAGUUCACCACUACAAUGGAAACAACGUAGACUUGGGCACUGCUUGCGGCAAAUACUUUAGAGUGUGCUGCCUCAGCAUUAUUGACCCUGGAGACUCUGAUAUUAUAAAGAGCAUGCCCGGUGAUCACUAAGCUAUGGGGGGAUAACUUCCUAGGUGCUGAUUUAGUUUCAAUUUUUGGGUGUCUAAAAACAUUGUUGAUGUUAAAGACAAACUUAUUCUGAAAUUCAGAACUUUGUUUGUAGUGUUUGUGGGACAGAGAUGUUAUUGGCCCAUGUAUUAGUGAAUUUUUGGAGUGGAUUUCGUUUAAAAA